UAACCCAGGGUAUCAAACUAAAUAUGUUUGUGUGGAAAAAAUGCAGAUGGUCUGUCAACAUUGCUUUUUUGCAUCAGACGCGUUGAAUUCCCAAUAAUUUUGUAAUUUUUAACUUAAAUAAAGUACUAUUUGCUUUGUGUUCCAAGUGAUUUCUUCUAGUGCUAGUUCAGAAGAUGGGUGACGAUACUAUCAAGAAGGUUCAGGAGUAUAAGGAUACUUUGAUUAAAAAGGCGGAAAACCUGAUAAUCACGGGAUUUCCGGAGAAGAUUGUUAAACUAAACGAGAUUCUUGCAACUCCUGCCUUUGCUGAUCGCGAUUUCACUGAUGUUUACCAGGAGCUUAACAUUCCAGUUCCGGAUGCUGUUCCGGUAAAUAGCUAUGGUGAUUCGAAAGAAGAUCCACCACCGACAAAGAAGGCUAGAAUGGAAACAACUGUUUCCGGAACAAAGGUCAUGGCACUGCCGUCUGGGAUUGUGAAUUGCAACGCACCUAUUUGUGAUCUUAUUAAAAUCGUUAAGCCUGUCAUUCGAGCUCUUGUGGAGGACUCAAAUGUGUUGAAGAUGUGGAUAUCUUUUAUGAUCCCCAAGAUUGAAGAUGGGAACAACUUUGGCGUUUCCAUCCAAGAAGACACCUUGUCUGAGAUACAGUCUGUGGAGUCUGAGUCUGCAGCAUUCUUUGAGCAAAUUUCUCGUUAUUUUAUUUCUCGCGCGAAAGUUAUCUCAAAGGUGGCCAAAUAUCCACAUGUCGAAGAUUACAGACGUGCCGUUCAAGAACUGGACGAGAAGGAAUAUUUGAGUCUAUGGUUGGUAAUGUGCGAAGUAAGAAAUCGCUAUUGUUCCCUGCAUGACAUCGUGACAAAGAAUUUGGAGAAGCUCAAAAAACCACGAUCCUCAAAUGCUGAGAGUCUCUAUUAAUUUCUCUUGAGACAGCAAAUUGCUGAAAGAAAAUGGGAUACCUAAAAUUAUACAGACAGACCCUCAGAUAUCAAUAUAACUUAAAAAUAAAA